UUACAGCAAGAGCUGAGGAAGGGGUGGUUUCCGCUGUGUGUUCUCACACCGGUAUUAGAUACCGCUUUACGAUUGAAGAGGGUAAGUAUUGUGAAUAAGAAAAUAAGGUAAUAAAAAUAAAAAUAUAUACACAUUUACAUUUGUACUUAAUUACAGACGGAUGGCAUUGGUAUAAGGCCAAUGAGUACGAGGUUGCUAGCGAUGCUGAUGAUGAGCGUGAUCAGGAGGAAACAACAACGGUCGGAUGCAAUAUUGCAGCCCGCGAUCGCAGCCCUGGCUCACCAAGCCCGCCCAGUCAGGAGCACAUCUUGCCCCCCACAUGUAAGUAUAAUAUAUAUAUAUAUUAGAGAAAUAUUUUUAAAUUCAAUUGUAUUUAUUGAUUUUUUGUGGCUUAUUCUGGAUUUUUAGUGGAGGAACCGGUAGGUGAAGAUUGGCCUGAAGAGAAUGGCCUGGCAGGUGAUGAUCUGCCUAUAAUAGAUCGAAUUGAUGAAAAUGUAACAUCUCCGGAUGUAAGUGACAUUGAGUCACUAAAUUGCGAAGAAGAUUCAGAAGGUAACAAAACCUCUCUUUUUUUUUAGAUGAAAAACAUAUACAUAAUUAUGGGUUCCUAUAUAUGUAUAUAUAUACAUUUUUCUUUUUUUUUUUUUUUACAGAUGAGGCAGAAGAAGAAGACGAAUCGGAGAAUGUUACGUCUCCAGAUGUGAGUGACAUAGAGUCACUAGGAGAUGACAUAUUUGUCGAAGAUGACGUUCAGGGAGCAAGGGCUUUGACUCCCCCCGACAUGCCCGAGCUUGUUUCUUGGGCAGAUGAGUUUGAGGGAGCAAGGGCUUUGACUCCCCCCGACAUGCCCGAGCUUGUUUGUUGGGCAGAUAACGCUUAUGGUUUUGCAGCCCAAGCUUUGGGUCGGAGUAUAACUCCGCCCGAUAUGCCCGAUCUCUUUUCGUGGGUGGAUAAUGGUGAGGGUCGAGCAAUGCGAGGUUCGGGCCGGAGUAGGACUCCUCCCGGUAUGCCUGAAUUAGUGUUGGCGGGCAAUGGUAAAAAAAAUUUUAUCUUCAUAUACUUUUUAUAUCACAUUUGUACGCUUUUUUUUUUUUUUUUUUUUAACAUUUAUACUUACAUUUAUUCUAUUUUAUUUUACAGAUUAUGGCCAUGAAGCACGAACGUUGGGCAGGAGUAGAACUCCUCCUGAUCUCAUGAUGCCUGAUAAUGAUGGUAAUAAUAAUUUUAUUUUUUUUUUUUUUUUUUUACAAUAGUAUUUUAAUUAUUUAUAAUUUUAAUUAUUUAUGGUAUAUCUUUUAUUAAUUUAUUAGGUUGGGUACCAUUCUUGCGCCGACAAGAGCUCCUUCCUGAGCUCCAACACUUUGAGAAAGUGAUUGGAGUUCUUUUGAAAAUAAAAUUGAGGGGGGAGGACGAUAAUACAGCCGAUUACCGCAUAAUUUAUCAGGAGGAAUCUGACGCACCCCCUCCGUGUUAGUAAAUCUGUUUAUAAAAUAUAUAUAUUUUAUAUAUGGGUACAUUCAAUAAGUAAAUUUUGUUUUCUUUUUUUUUUUUUUUUUUUUUAGAUUGGUGUUUUGGGCCUACUAACCCCUACGAGGAAUUACUAUGCGUAAUUCUUCAGUUGCGGAUUGUGGAGGCAAUAGGAACUCGAACUGAGUAUCGCGUGGUUUACGGAUGCGACGAUUAAUAUGUAUAUAUAUAUAUAAAUUUUUAUUUUUUUUUUUUAUUAAUCUUUUUAUUAUUAUAUUUUUUUUUUUUAUAUAUAUUUUUUUUAUUUAGUUAAUAAUUGUAAAUUUAUUAUAUAUAUAUAUUAUUAUUACUAUUAUUAUUUAAUUUUAAUUUUGAUUUGGGUUAUAUGGACUCACUUUCAUCUAGAAUUAAUAUAUAUUAAGUUCUGAGCAAAUGUCCGGAUGUAUGCGUGUGUGUGUGUGUGUUUGUGUGUGUAUCACAAAAUAUUGUUUACUAAUUAUCUCAGAAAAUUUUAACGGAUUGUCUUGAAAUUUUGCAUACUAAUUGUAAUCAUAAAAUUUGACACAGGAUUUACGGAUAUAUCCACGUUUUUUUUUUUUUUUUUUUUUUAAAUUGUAAAUAGAUUCACACAGCAUUUAUUCACACAUAUGCAUUUACUCGCAUUCAUUUACUCACACAUUGACACAUAAUCACUCAUAAAAAUUUAUUUAGAAAAUAUAUAUAUCUUUUUCAAUAGCAAAGAAUGUUUGUUUGGUUGUUGUUUUUGUUUUAUUUAUUUAUUUUAGUUUUUUUUUUAGAAUAUUUUAAUUACUUAUUCAUCUCCACUUCCAGUAAAACUUCCCUGCUUUUUUUUUUUUUUUUAUUUUAUUUUUUUUUUUUUU